AUGCCCAUCGCCGUGACCCCAGCCGAGCCGACAGCUGCCCCGCUGCCAAAAUGGCAACGCCCGGCGAAGACGACGACGGACCUUCCCUGGGCCAAGAUCAAGGUGCUCGAUCUCGCCAACUUCGACCAGCCGGGCGGGAAGGCACAGCUAGCGGAAGAGCUGCGAGGAGCGGUCCACGACACGGGCUUCUUCAGCCUCAUCAAUACCGGCUUCACGCCUGAGGAGGUGCAGCAGCAGUACGAUAUCGGGCAGGCCUUCUUCGCGCUGCCCAAGGAUGAGAAGGACGCCCCGGGGCUUCGGUGCGACUUUACGCGGGGGCACUACUUUGGCUAUCGGCCGGCACACGAGAAGACGCUGCAGGGCACCAACGUGCUCGACAACAUCGAGUCGCUGAACAUUGCCAAGUUUAUCCCCGCGUACGAGCACGAGCCGUUCCACCCGUUCUUCGAGGCGCACCGCAAGGACAUUGAAGCCUUCUCUAGGAAAUCCCAAGCCCUCGCGGCCAAGGUCUUCACCCUCUUCUCGCUCAUCCUAGAACUGCCAGAGGACUACUUCUCCAGCCGGCACGCGUACGAUGACGCGUCGGAAGACCACCUGCGGUACAUGAUCUACCGGCCGCGCCCGCUCGCAGAGGACGAGAAGGUCGGCCGGACAUGGUCGCGCGCGCAUACCGAUUUCGGCAGCCUUACGCUGCUUUGGAGCCAGGACGUCGCCGGGCUGCAGAUCAAGACGGGCUCAGGCGAGUGGCAGUAUGUGCCCCCGGUCGACGGCGGGAUCGUGUGCAACGUCGGCGACACGCUCGACUUCUGGUCCGCGGGGUACUUGAAGAGCACGACGCACCGCGUCACCCGCCCGCCAGAGGACCAGGCGCACAUCCACCGCCUGGGACUGUUCUACUUUGUCCGGCCCGGCGACGACGUCGAUAUCAAGCCUGCCCCGAGCCCCCUCCUUCGGCGCCUGGGACUCAUUGGAGCCGAAGAGGAUACCGCAACGGCAGUCCGCGGGAUCGACUAUGUCCGCGCUCGGGUGAAGAAUUACCACGAUACCACCGACUACGACGACCGCAAGGGAAAGACAUUCAAGGUCGGUGAUCUGGAGAUUGAGGACGAGGCGGCCAUGAGGCUCGACGCCACCGACCUGCGGUACAUCACCGCCGAUGAGUUCCGCGUGCUCACCGCCACCGAGAUCGGAUCCAAGAACCACGAGGUCGUGCCCUCGCACCUCAUCGCGCAGCUGUCCGGCCUGACGGGCGGCAACGUCAACAAGCUCUGUGGGCAGCUCGCCAAGCGCAACCUCAUUGCGCGCGUCGUCAACGCGCGGUAUGAUGGCUACCGCCUGACGUACGGCGGCCUCGACUACCUCUCCCUCCGCACCUUUACGCGCCGCAAGCCCGCAAGCGUGGCCAGCGUGGGCAAGAAGAUUGGCGUCGGAAAGGAGAGUGACAUCUACCUUGUGCGCGAUGACGCCGAGGAGAAGCGCGUGCUCAAGCUUCACCGUCUCGGUCGUAUCUCGUUCCGCGCAAUCAAGUCCAAGCGCGACUACCUCGGCAAGCGCUCCUCCGCGUCAUGGAUGUACAUGUCGCGCCUAUCGGCGCAGAAGGAGUUCACGUACAUGAAGAUUCUCUACGACCACGGCUUCCCCGUGCCCACGCCGAUCGACCAGUCGCGCCACUGCGUCGUCAUGAGCCUGAUCGACGCAGACCCCAUGCGCGCCGUGAUGCAGGUCGACGACGUGGCCGACCUGUACGGCCAGCUGAUGGAGCUCAUUAUGCGCUUUGCGCGCUCUGGCCUCAUCCACGGCGACUUUAACGAGUUCAACAUCCUUGUGCCGCGCAAGGGUAAGGGGAACGGUGGCGACCCGAUCGUUAUCGACUUCCCUCAGAUGGUGUCGACGCGGCACGAGAACGCCGAGUUCUUCUUCAACCGCGACGUCAACUGCAUCAGGCGGUUCUUCCGCAAGCGCUUCCGCUUCGAGGGCGCGACGUGGCCCGUGUGGAAGGACGUGCUGGCUGAGGAGGAGGCAUACGAGGCGCAGGAGAGGAGACUGAAGGAGGAGGCUAAGCGGGCAGACGGCAAGGCAGAGGGAGAAGAGAAGGCAGAGGGCGCGGAGGAGGCCACGGAGGAGACGGCGGCCAAGGUCGUCGGUGACGCUGAGGAGGCAGCUGAGGACGAGGAGCCAGAACUCCGAGUCCGUCUGGAUCUCCUGGUCGAGGCUAGCGGCUUUGGACGGCAACUGCAGCGCGAACUCGAGGACUACAUGCUCGAGAUUGGCGACAUGCCCAACCCGGAAGUGGAGGACAACGAGGAGGAGGACAGCGAGGAUGAGGAUGAUGACGAGGAGGAGGAGGAGGAUGACGAGGAGGCAGACGCCGCAGCCGCCGACCCCGACGCGGAAUCCUCGUCGGCUGCCGCCAAGCUCGAAGCCCUCCGCAUCCACCGCGCGCUCGGCAACGACGGCAACCCCGAGGACGAGCUGCCCGAGGAGACGUACACCGAGUCUGAGGAGGAGUCUGACAGCGAGUCUGACUCUGGGCACUCUGGCGUCGCCCAGUCCGACUACACGCAGUAUGUGCGUGCUCCGCGCGCACCGCGGGCGCGUCCAAACGUGUCCAAGCUGGGCGCGGUCGACGAGCUGCGCGAGAUUGUCGCCAAGGACAUUGAGCAGCAGCAGCGCGGCAAGAGCGGGCACCAUGCACGCAAGGGCCUGCGCAAGGUCGGCAACGCCAAGGGACACAAGUGGAAGAGCUCGGCGAGCUACCUCACGGGACAGAACAGCGCGUGGUAGACUUGGCGUUUGUGAGACUGUAUGCUAUCUAUUGGG